GUUUGUGCGCUUAUUUCUUUUUACUAAUAAUAAUAAUUAUUUGUUAUACAGAUGUCAAAAAAGACUGUAUUUAAUACGGACUGGAUUAAUCCUCAAAUGAAUCCAAAAUGGGCAAAUGUGUUUGCCAAAGUUGAAGGGGAUGUGUUUUCUGUGUUAUGUAAAAUUUGCAGUAAGAGAGUUGCUCUCAGCAACAUGUGCAAACAAGCUCUUACUAGUCAUGAAAAAUGUACUUCACACACAAAGAGAUUGAAGACUGUGUCUACCACAACAAAUUUGUUAACCUGUUUAAAGAAUAAAAAUGAUGCAAUUUCUACCCCUACUAUGAAAUUGCCUAGUCAACUGCAGGAAAUCCCUCACAAUUUAAGAAAUGACAAUUUAAUUGUUAGCAGAAAUAUUAUGGGCACUACACACAGUUGAAUCUCAUACCUCAAAUAAUUCAGUAAAUGAAGCAUUGCCAGUUCUAAAAAAAAUGUUUAGUGAUAGUCCAACAACUCAAAAAUUAAACUAAGUUCAUCAAAGUUGGGAUACUACAUAACGUUUGGUCUAAGCCCCUACUUCAGUGAAAAACUGGAAAAUGAUUUGUUUAAAUGUGAACUUUUCGUUGCUUGUUUUGACGAAUCUUUGAACAAAGUCUCUCAGAGAGGCCAGAUGGAUAUUGUGAUAAGAUUUUGGGACAGCGUAAAGAAUUCUGUUGAAACAAGGUAUAAAACUGUUU